CCUCGCUCGAUGUAACCUUUCUUAUCGCCAGAUCCACCAACGUGCUAUUGGUCGUUGCCUUUAACCUAGCUCGGAGCUUUUAUGCGUAAAUUGCUUGAAAAGGUGAUGAUUUCCAGUCCAGUCGAUCAUAAACAUUUUUCAAUUUUGCGGUAAUGUUUUAGUAAUGGUCUCCUCCCCAGCUGUUCAUCAUGCUAGGCCUUAUAUACUUGGCUUUGCUGUCGGCCUUCGUCUUCUCAGCUGUUGUAGCCGCACAGGAGACGGGCUUGGACACGUGCACUGAUGUCCACAUCUUUCUGUCUCGAGGGAACAAUGAGCCGUAUCCCGGCCGUCAGGGAAAGCUCGUGCAGGCUAUUUGCUCGGGGCUCGAGAGCUGCGACUACGAGGACAUUGCGUUCAAUAAUGCCUUGGCAGUUGAAUACUGCAGCGCCGUGGAGGCGGGUCGCAAAUCUGGCAUUGCCCAGAUAACCGACUACAACAAGCGAUGUCCCGAUGCGAAGCUCGUUGUCAGCGGCUACUCUCAGGGCGCACAUGUUUUGGGCGACAUCCUUGGUGGUGGUGGCGGUGUUUUCUUUCAGGGCUGCACGACGCCUACAGUUCCAGGCUUAGACCCAAAUUCAGCCCCUGGUAAUACGAUUGUAGCUGCCCUCCUUUUUGGUGAUACCCGUCAUACUGCCAACCAGCCGUAUAAUACACUAGGAGGCGCGCCUAUCAAUGGUUUAUUCCCUCGAAGUGGACAGCAACUUGAGGGUAUCCACAACUUUGCGGGUGUGCUCCGAGACUGGUGUCAGGAGGAUGAUCCAAUUUGCGCAGAGGGCGAUGGUAAACGAACAUACAAUGUCCAACAUCAUUUGAACUACUUUGAUGUCUACUCUGGCGCAGCGGCGGAAUGGGUUAAAUCGAUGCUGGGCGAGACCACCACACCGACAUCUGGGUCUACGACUGUGUCGAGUAACACUGCUACAUCAACCACAAGUAGCACAAGUACGGUUGUUGAGGAGACAAGUUCUGGGGUAACAGCCACCGAAACCACAGCAUCAGAAACACAGAGUGCAUCUAUUACAUCGGUAUCUAUGAGUUUAAGCUCUCCAUCUUUGACUAGAACUUCGACGCCCCUUCCAGAAGGUACAGAUUCAAGCACCGCUGCUACGCCAACAGCGUCAUCUACAGCCCAACAAGGAAGCGUUCAAGGUGUUCGGUGCUUCAAAGGUUAUAUCGGCUUAUCCAUAUUGUACUCGUUUCUUUUUGCAAUCGCUUAGUCGUCUAACCUGAAUAUAAAAUUUGAUGUUCUAUCGACGGAAUGGGUAGAAAAGCUAUACGUUACGGUCAAUAAUGUUAGCAUAGGGGGAAACUUUGAACCAUCUGGUCUUGACAUACUGGUUAUGAAAUCGAUUACUCCUUUUCGCUAAAGAGCUAGUCAUCCACCUAGUGAUGCUGAUCUCUAACUGUAUAGUGGGAGGUCCCAUUCUUAGUAGCAGGCAUCAUCGCAGUCGUCGCUCUUCCGGCUUCGGCGCUGUGUAUCCCUAUAUUUAGCUCAAGGUGAUCUAAAGCUUUGCUGCAAGCUUCGUGGGCAUCCGUAUUGUGCUGUUUUGGGAUAUAACCAUAGCGGACAAACCCAAGCCUCUUGACGCGUUCCUCUAGGCUGUAGACAAUCCUAAACAGGUCCAAAUGC